AGUUAUAUAGCAAAGACUACUUCCGGCAAAAUUGACAGAUGUUAUCCCAGUACCCAUAAAUGACAGAAAAUAAAGGAUAAAAGCGGGUUGUAGUAAGUUGAGUGGCACAAUCUUCAAGCAAACAAAAAUGGCAACUUCAGCAGAAGUGAGAGAGGGCUUCCUCUGCCCAAUGUGUAUGAAAGAUCUGGGCACUGUUACCAUGUUACAGGGCCAUUUUGAGGAGGAGCAUUCCUCAGAGGAUAAGGAUGUACUACAACAAUUGAGAGGUCUGUUUGGCAAAGCUAAGAAGAAGAUCCUGGGGGACAGGGAUGAGGUGGAAGAUGGAGGUCAGUCAGGCCUUCAGUCCUCAGUCUACAGAAGCCCAGCCGCCACAAUAUCGGGGUAUGACCCUGUAGCCUGGGAGCCUCAAGAAAUAGGAGUGAUCCAUUCCUGGACAGAUCUAUAUAAAGCACACAGAGGGGCAAAGGUUGACAGAUACGUCGUUGAAACCAACAAGUUGAUCAUUCGUUUGGAUAAGCUUACUGGACCAGAUGCUCCCAUGGAAACCAGCAAACGCAGAGCCUAUGAGAAGUCUGUUGUACCCUGGCUUCCUGACAGUCACGUCAAAGAGUGUCCGUUCUGUCGACGUAAUUUCACCCUCACCAGGCGGCGCCACCAUUGUCGACUCUGUGGAGACAUCAUGUGUGACCGGUGCUCCCAGUUUCUACCAUACUCGUUUGCCAAAAAACUAACGGAUCCCACCUUUCAAAAUCAAGAUGGAGAAGUAGGAUUUCUCCGUCGGACAGGAAGUAACAGCAGCCUCAAUUCUAUUCUUGGACCUGAAGGAGAUCCCCACAUAAGAACUUGUCAGAACUGUCGCAAGCUGCUGGAACGCC